ACCCUAGUAAAAACCCUUGUGAAUGCGAGCUGGAGGUUAUACUUGAGAAAGUUAUCGGGCCAAAAUGAUCCGGAAUUUGACCCGUCAGAUUUCAAACGAGACCCGACUGAACCUCAGAAGACUAUGUUUCACGGCGGCGGAGCAGAGUGGAAGAGAUUCGAGGCUCUACCGGAGAUUGUCGGCUUUAGGAGCCACAAAAGGGUCGGUUACUGAAACAAUAAAUGCGUAUACGAGAGAAGGCAGAGUUGUGAAGAAGUAUGAACUGGAAAAAUGCAUCAAGGAGCUUCGCAAAUAUAAAAGAUACCAGCAUGCUCUUGAGAUAAUGGAGUGGAUGGAGAAAAGAGGUAUAAACUUUUCGUAUGGUGAUUAUGGAGUACGAUUGGAUCUCAUAGCAAAAGUUCAAGGAAUAACUGCAGCUGAAAAAUACUUUGGCAGCCUCUCACCCUCCAUGCAGAAUCAAAGCACUUAUGGAGCACUCUUGAAUUGCUACUGUGUUGAAAAAAUGACAGACAAGGCGUUAUCCUUCUUUGAGAAAAUGGAUCAAUUGAAGUUCACAAAUAAAUCAUUGGCAUUCAACAAUCUUAUGUCGUUAUAUAUGAGACUAGGGCAACCAGAAAAAGUCGCCCCUUUGGUACAGGAAAUGAAGAGCAGAAAGGUUCUGCUAUGCACAUUUUCAUAUAAUAUCUGGAUGAAUAGCUAUUCUUGUUUAGAUGAUAUAGAAGGAGUGGAAAGGGUCUUCGAAGAGCUAAAACAGGAGAAUGCAAAGGAGUGCGAUUGGACUACAUAUAGUAACUUGGCUGUUGCCUAUGUUAAGGCUGGGCAUAACGAAAAAGCUGAGUUAGCUCUAAAGAAGCUUGAGGAAGAGAUGGGACCUCGUAAUCGUCAGGCUUACCACUAUUUGAUUAGUUUGCACGCCAGAAUAUCUAAUCUAAGUGAGGUUUAUCGUAUUUGGGGUUCUCUAAAGAGUUCCUUGGAUCUAACCAAUUCUAGUUAUCUUGUCAUGCUUCAGUCCCUUAGUAAGCAUAACGACAUGGAUGGUUUAAAGAAAUACUACGAGGAAUGGGAAUCAAGCUGCUCUACUUAUGAUAUGAGGCUGGCAAAUAAUGUCAUUGGAGCUUAUCUGAGACAUGACAUGUUAAACAAUGCGGAGAAAGUCUUUCAUAGUGCUUUGAAGAGAUCACAAGGACCUUUCUUCUUGGCUUGGGAAAUGUUCAUGCUUUUCUAUUUGAGGAAGCGUCAAAUCAAUUUUGCUCAACAGUGCAUGGAAGCAAUUGCUUCUCGGAUGAAGGAAAACAAAUGGCGACCAAAAUAUGAAACCAUAAGUAAUUUUCUCGAGUAUUUUGUUGAAGAAAAAGAUGUUGAUGGUGCUGAGGAUUUCUACAAGUUUCUGAAGAAGGUAAAUUGCCUUAGUAGUGAUGUCUAUAGUUCAUUGCUUCGCACUUAUGCAGCUGCCAACAGAACAACAGACGAUAUGAGACUGAGAAUUAAGGAAGAUGGUAUUGAAAUGAGUUGUGAGCUUGAAGAAUUGCUUAUAAGUGUUUGUCCUGAAUAA